UUGUGAACAAUACCUACACAUGAUAAGUGAAACGUGUUUUUAUAUAGCAUAAUCAACAGUGUGUCGCAUUUCGGAGACAGAGUAAUAAGAUUCUUGAAAAAUGAAUGGAAUUAUUCCUGAAAUGGAACAGAUUAUUAGUCAACUUGAGAGGGGUACAGUAGUGACUAAAUUCUUUCCAAGAAAACGACCGGAAAAAAAAACUUUGAUGAUAAGGAGAGAAACUAGACAAAUUGUUUGGUCGAGGAGUACGACUUUUAGACCUUUCGAUGGUUCAGUGGAGAUAAGAGAGGUCAAAGAAGUUAGAAUAGGAAAACAAUCUAAAGACUUUGAAAAAUGGCCUGAAGAUGCUAAAAGAAUUGAAAAUUUAAGAUGUUUUGUGAUAUAUUAUGGAUCGGAAUUUAGAUUGAAAACUCUUUCAAUAUCUGCUCUUAGUGAGAAAGAAUGUGAGCUAUGGAUCAAGGGAUUGCGUCACUUGGUACAAGACACUAUAAAUGCACCAUAUCCAUUACAAGUUGAAAGAUGGCUUAGAAAAGAAUUUUACGCGAUGGAAAAUUCUCAUGAAACGCAAGUUUCUUUUCUAAUACAAUUUACUUUUAGGGUCACGUUGAAAGAUGUAAAAGCAUUUUUGCCUCGGGUUAAUUGCAAAAUUGCUACAAAUAGACUCAGAGAAUUGUUCCAAGAAGUAGAUAUGAGAAACCGGAAUGAACUUGGUUUUGAUGAUUUUGUCAUUCUGUACCAUAAACUAAUGUUUGAUCAAAAUGUGAGUAAAUAUUGUAGUAUUCUUAAUCUCGCAAAUUGGCAUAAAUUGUUGAAUUAUUCUAAAACUGGACAAACUAUUACGCUCCAAGAAUUCCAAAAUUUUUUAGUAACUGAGCAACAAGAUAAAUUGGGAAAUAAUGAGUUAGAAAUAUCGCAUUUCAUUAGAGACUAUUUGCAAGAUUCUCAAAGAGACAUACAAGAACCAUACUUUAUUUUUUCAGAAUUUAUAGACUUCUUAUUUUCUAAGCAUAACGACAUAUGGAAUCAAAAAUUCAAUCAAGUUUCUCAAGAUAUGACUCGACCUCUUGCAUAUUAUUGGAUAGCAUCAUCGCAUAACACAUACUUGAUGGGAGAUCAGAUUAGCAGCGAAAGUAGCUGUCAGGCUUACGUUCGUGCGCUGAGAGCAGGGUGCAGAUGUAUAGAGCUUGAUUGUUGGGAUGGUCCAGAUGGAAUGCCAUUUAUAUUUCAUGGACACACUCUCACCACUAAGAUCAAAUUUUUGGAUGUUAUUAAAACAAUUAAGGAGCAUGCUUUUGCUACAUCUGAAUAUCCUAUUAUUUUAUCUAUCGAGGAUAAUUGUACUUUGCCCCAACAACGUAAAAUGGCAACGACUAUGCAAGAAGUAUUUGGUGACAUGUUGUUAAUCCAACCUGUUGACAAGAAUGAAACUUGUCUACCUUCACCAUACGCAUUACGUAGAAAAAUUUUGUUAAAACACAAGAAACUUCCUGAUGGUGUUGAUGAAUCCUCAUUUCUUGUUCGAAAUGAUGAAAGCAGACAAGAGAUGGAUCUUAGAAAUACCGUAAAAAAUGGAAUUCUUUAUCUGGAAGAUCCAAUUGAUAGAGAAUGGAAUCCUCAUUUUUUUGUAUUGACACAACAAAAAUUAUUUUAUACAGACACAUUUUCAAGAGCUCAGGAAACCGAACAUGAUGACGAUGAGGAAAACAGCAUUCGGAGAUCAUUAGAUGGCGCGCCAAGUGAUGAAUUACAUUUUGGAGAGAAAUGGUUUCAUGGAAAAUUAGCAAAAGGAAGAGAAGAGGCUGAAGAAUUACUACGACGUUAUUCCUAUCUUGGAGACGGUACUUUUCUAGUACGACAAUGUGUUACAUUUGUGGGCGAUUACUGUUUAUCAUUUUGGCGUAAAGGAAAGGUGAACCAUUGUCGUAUUAAACUGAAGCAAGAAAUGGGUCAAACGCAGUAUUAUCUUAUUGACACCAAUUGUUUUGACAGUCUAUACAGUUUAAUUACUCAUUAUCGUAAUCAUCCACUUAGAAGUCAAGAAUUUCUAAUCACGUUACAAGAACCAGUGCCUCAACCAAAUAAACAUGAAGAGAAAGAAUGGUGGCAUCCCGAAUGUACUCGAAUCGCAGCAGAAGAAAUGCUAAAGCGUAUCCCUAUAGAUGGUGCAUUUUUAGUAAGACCUAGUGAAAGAGAAAGUAAUUGCUACGCAAUUUCAUUUAGAGCGGAAAAGAAGAUAAAACACUGUAAAAUAAAACUCGAAGGGAGACUCUAUACCACUGGAACCGUAGAAUUUGAGAGUUUAGUUGAAUUAGUCAAUUAUUACGAACGGCAUCCAUUGUUCAAAAAAAUUAAAUUAAGUCAUCCUGUUAAUCAAGAUGUUAUCAGAAGAAUGGGUUUGGAUAAUGAUGAUGGAUCUGUUUAUGGCAUCCCAGGUUAUAUGGAUCCUACAAGCUUUACGUCAAAAGUUACUGUUAAGGCUAUUUAUGAUUAUAAAGCUAAAAGAGACGAUGAAUUGACCUUAGUCAAGCAUGCUAUAAUUACUAACGUUAAUCCACAAAGUGGAGGCUGGUGGAGAGGUGAUUAUGGUGGUAAAAAACAACAUUGGUUUCCUGCUAAUUAUGUAGAACAAAUUGAUCAACAAGAAUCUCAAGGAGACUCAGCGGAUUCUAUGAUGCUUGGUAGUUUGCAAAAAGGUUCAUUAGAUAUUAUGGGUGCUGUGGUAGAAUUAACAGUUGGGGAAAGACCAGGUUUGGAAUGGAUUUUAAGAAUACAAAAUCCUAGUAUGUGUUCAGUAUUUGAAAUCGCGACGCCUUCGAAAGAUGCUGCGUUAGAAUGGAUGUCAAGUAUCAAAGAGACUGCACAAAAUGCAAGUGUUAGGGAAAGUCAACAUAAAGAGAUGGAAAGAGCAUGGAGAAUAGCCAAGGAAAUGUCUAAUCUUAUAGUAUAUUGUAGAUCAGUUGCAUUUAACAUAGAACGAAUAAGAACUAAGGGAUAUACGUUCAAUGAAAUGAGUAGUUUCCCUGAAACAAAGGCUGAAAAAUUAAUGUGUCAACAAGAAAAUAAAUUUUUUAUAAAGUAUCAUCAGGUUCAAUUUAGUAGAGUUUAUCCAAAGGGCCAACGUAUCGAUUCAUCUAAUUAUAAUCCUAUACCAAUGUGGAAUUCUGGUUGUCAGAUGGUAGCUUUGAACUAUCAGACUGGAGAUAAAUCAAUGCAAUUGAAUCAGGCUAAGUUUAAGGAGAAUGGCAAUUGUGGCUAUUUAUUGAAACCAGAAUUCAUGUUUAGACAUGACUUUAAUCCAUAUGACAAAAAUACAUUGUAUGGAGUUGAAUCACUCAAAAUCAGCUUAAAAAUUAUUGGAGCGAGACAUUUAAUGAGAUCGGGAAGAGGCACUGCCAGUCCAUCCAUCGAGAUCGAAAUUAUAGGCGCAGAUUUUGACUCUGGAACAAAAUUAACAACAAGGACGAUACAGGAUAAUGGAUUUAAUCCAAUGUGGAAUGAAACAUGUGAAUUUGAAGUAUUCAAUCCAUAUUUUGCUCUUAUACGAUUUUUAGUACAAGACGAAGAUAUGUUUGGCGACAGCAAUUUCAUAGGACAAGCUACUUAUCCUGUACGCUGUUUAAGAAUGGGAUAUAGAAGUGUUCCAUUAAAAAACAUAUAUAGCGAAGAUCUUGAGCUUGCUUCCUUAUUAGUACACAUCAAUAUUGCAACUCCAUCGGUACAUAAUACAUAAAAUAAAACAAUCAAGAUUAAACCUUUGUUAUAGAAU